AAGUCGUGAUGGAGCUGAAGGACGAGUGGAUCCAGGAGGAUGACGUUUACAGCAAUCCGUUGCUGCGGUUGACCUUGAACGGGCUGAAGUACUACGGGAUUCUGCUGUACAAGAGUCAGCCGUUGAAGAAGCUGAACUGCUUCCGGGGAGUGUGCUUCACGGCUUCGAUGCUGGCGUUCAACGUGACCCAGUACGUGGACUUGGUGCAGGUUUGGGGCGAUAUUGGGGAGAUGACGGCGAACGCAGCGACAACGCUGCUGUUCACGACGAUCAUCCUGCGGAUCUUUCACUUCUACUGGAACCGGGCCAGGUUCAACAACGCGAUCAAGUUCGCCGACGAGGGCGUCCGGCACAUUCUGGACUACGGGACGCCCGCGGAGAAGGCGAUCUUCUGGGACAAUGUCGGCUACAUGAAGCGGCUGACGGCGGUGUUCUGGAUCUGCGCUCUGGUUACGGCGAACACCAUGUGCGUCUACGCGCUGAUCGAGUACUGCAGCGUUCCGGAAGCGGAGCGCGUCGAACCUCCGAUGAUCCUGCGGUCCUGGUACCCUGGUGGACACAAGGAGGAGAACUUUGGUGCGAUCUACGCCGUUCAGCUGUACAUCAUGUACGUGGGACAGCUGAUCGUACCGUGCUGGCACGUGUUCAUCGUCAGUCUAAUGGUGUACGUUCGGGCAGCGCUCACGAUCCUGAACCACAAGCUGCGCCAUUUGGACGCAUACGUCACGUCGGGAAUGCGAAGCGGUCGCCUGAUCCGCGAGCUGAAAGACCCCGAGGAGGAACGGCUGAACGCGCGUCGCGAGCUGAUCAUCGAGUGCGUCCAGCGGCAACGCAAGCUGCACGAGUACACCGACGAGCUGGAGUCGUUGAUCCAGGGGCCGGUCUUUCUGGACUUUAUCGUGUUUUCGGUUCUGCUGUGCGCGCUGCUGUUCGAAGCGUCCGUCACGGACUCCGCCGUGCAGGUGUUCAUCGACGUGUGCUACAUCAUGACCAUGACGGCGAUCCUGUUUCUGUACUACUGGCACGCCAACGAGAUUCAGCACCAGAGUGACCAGCUGUCAAAGUCGGCAUUCGCUAACGAUUGGUACAACUACCCGCCCAAGGUGAACCGCAACCUGCUCGUGCUCAUCUGCUACAGCAUCAAGCCGAGGAUCAUGAAGGCGUUCAUCGUGUCGAUGUCGCUGGAUACGUUCAUUGCGAUUCUCCGAGCGUCUUACAGCUACUUCACUAUCCUGAAGCAGGCAGCGGACUAAUUGCGGCAAGACCCUCGGACCGUCUGUUUCAACACGGCUAUCUGACCCCCCAGGACCCUCCCCCGGACCAACCCUUGUUACUAAUUCAUUUAAUUAAACAAUAGCGCACCUGGACUGUUUUCGGGAACCAAGAAGUGCUAAUUUAGCCCGCCGCAAGUGGCACUUGUAAACCAAAACAUGACUCCCUGAAAAGCGCUGGAGUCUCUGAGCAAAAGCUUUUCAUUAUUUAUUAUUUCUGAAUAGAGCAGCAGCAGCAGCAGGAGGACCACUUUGCACACAACGUUGUUUGCCAGUUUGCAGAAAUAAAUACACACUUGUAGAAAAAGCAAAGCGCGAAAAAAA